AUCAAACACACCUUUUGUUAAAUUAAGAAAAUAGAAUAUUCUCAACACCAUUGAACGGGCCAUCAAAUUUGGUUACGGCGAAAGCGAAUUCAUCUAAUAAUAAAUGUCAUCUGUCAAUUGAUGUCACUGUGACACUUCAAAUAUUCGCACUUGCAAAGCGCCAGAGGCAGACUGUAACUGACACUGAACCGAACGUCCCAUAAAAACAUUUGGUAUGGACUAAAAUUCUACCUAAAAAGAACAAAAAAAAAGUCUUUCAAGCAUAUCCCAAAAAGUACAAUGUUUUGUGUCAUAUUCAAAUCCAUUGAGAAUUAAAAAUUAUUUUCAUCGUGUCUGCAGCAGAGCGAGCGCAAGUGAACGUGAACCAAAUUUUUGUUGGCGCCUCAUCGAUAAAAAUAUCCCAAUUAAAGACUUAAAAAUAAGCUCAGGCUUCUGUGAAUAAACAAAACAAUGCCCGGUAAGGUUGGAGUGAAAAUCAAAGCUGGGCGUAAUUUGCCCAUAAUGGAUCGCAGUAGUGAGACUACUGAUGCUUAUGUAGAAAUCAAAUUAGGCGGUGUAACCCACAAGACAGACGUCUGCCGAAAAAGUCUCAAUCCCCAAUGGAAUACAGAUUGGUUCCGUUUUGAAAUCGACGACGCCGAGCUGCAAGAUGAACCUCUUCAAAUCCGUCUGAUGGACCAUGACACAUAUUCAGCCAAUGAUGCUAUAGGAAAAGUGAAUAUUAGCUUGAAUCCACUUUGCUUGGAAACAGCCAGUCAGUCGACUCAAGGCAAAGGUGCCGUCCUUUCGGGUUGGAUUCCGGUUUUCGAUACAAUGCACGGUAUUCGAGGCGAGGUUAACAUCAUUGUCAAAGUGGAUUUGUUUUCGGACGUCAAUAAAUUCAGACAAAGCUCGUGUGGAAUUCAAUUUUUCCAUUCUUCUUGUGUACCACAUGGAUAUCGAGCUCAGAUCAUUCAUGGAUUUGUAGAGGAACUGGUUGUGAAUGACGACCCCGAAUAUCAAUGGAUUGAUAAAAUAAGAACCCCUCGGGCGUCAAACGAGGCUCGUCAAGUUGUUUUUCUUCGUCUCUCCGGCCAGGUGCAGCGAAAAAUCGGCUUAAAAGCAAUCAACCUGGGAGCAAAUGCAGUUAUAGGCUACAACCAGUGCUUUGAUUUGGAAGGAGAUGUCGGUGUUGUUGCUCGGGGUAUAGGCACUGCCGUAACACUAAUAAAAAUUCCAGAACACAAUCCUCAAACCCUUGCCGACAGCACAUUAAUUGAAGAGCAAACACUAAACUAUCUAGAAUUUUUAACCGGGUCAAACGAUCCGUGCAAUGAUUAUUUCACAAUAGUAGAAUCUGAUCGAAAUUUGUUGAUCGAUCAACAGAAAAAACCACAACUCCGAAGCCCCUCUGACGAUGAGAAUUUCACUGAAAAUUCCAAUAUGAGAUCUCUACUCAGGCAAGAGGAACGACGUGGAGAGAAACCCCGAACAAAGCUAACGCAUCAUGUUAAGCGAAUCAAGAAUAAAUCACGCAUGAUAAUCCACAAAAAAUGUGGAGCAUUUAAGAAAAAGCUAAGCGACACAGAAAAGUCUGACAACGAGACGAAGUCGCUGAGUAGUUCCUAUUCUACGUUGUCCAUCAUCGAUCCAAUUCGUUGUUCCCUGUUAGAUCUACGAAAUGCGAUUGGGCUUAGUAAAUCGCCGCAGCAUCAAAUGCAACGUUCAAUAAGCGACGCCACAGUGUCGUCUGUAGAAAAGCCCGUUUUAAAUUUGCAUUCAAUCAUACAUGAUUCGAUUCGUUCAUCACCAGACAUAGUAACCAGACCAGAGAGGCUAGACAUUAGAGAAGCUUCACAAUCAUCAGAUUCGACAACAUCAACAGAAAUCAUGAGAAACUUUCCCAAACCAUGUGAAGAUGCAGACGCUAUACCAAUAAUCACCGAAGAGAGUGGUGCGUCAUCGGCAGGGGAAUUAAACCCAUCGAGAGGUGGAAAAGAUUCAAGAGAUGGUAAAGAAUCUAGAGAUGGAAAAUUCAAUGCCAUUGUUGACGAUGAAGACUUACGCAGAAUACUAAAGAGCCUUGCCAUGAAUGAGCCUAACGAAGAUGAUAUUGAUUUGAAAUCAUCGUCCUCGGAUGACGAUGAUGAUGCCGCCGAAGAUGAAGACGAUGAACGAUCUGCAGAUGACGAAGCGGAUGAAAUUAAUUGGAUGCAACCAGGAACAACUGUUGAUGAGCUCGAGUGUGUUAUGGAUGAGAGACGUGGAUCAUUGCUGCACGAUUUGAAAGAUAAUAUCGCCACUAAAUAUCAGCAGCUACAGGAAUGUAUGCAACGCUCAAACAAAUCUCCGGAAAAGAAAAAAGCCAAGGAAACCAAGAAAACACCAGAAUCCGAUGACGAAAAAACCUCAAACCAAAAAGCUGAAAUUAAUAUAGUUGUUGUCACCGCAGACCCCUAUAUACCCACCACAGUCAUAGACCUAUGCAGCAAAGGAGAUCCAUCUGAAGACAUUCCACCGACCAUGACGAGUGCAGCUUUAGACAAAAAUACACCAAUGAAAGAUGAAUUUCGUAGUCUAGAUGUGCCAGCGCUUACUUUAACUAAUCUAAAGCCUAAACAAAAUCGCAACAAAAAGAACGACUUCUAUUCAUCUCAACCGGAAAUAUCGGAGGCGGCUAAUAAUUCACUAUGUGCUUUGCCCCUUGAUUCAUCCUUUGUUUCGCUAGCAAAUUUCUCUCCAUGCCGUCAAAAAUCACCCGUGCCAUCGCCGCCGCCGUCGGCGUCUGCGUCACCGAAAAAGCUUCCCAAUAGUGCAAUCGCUAGUCUCGCUAAAAAUUGUGUUACAUUUACCUCGCCUAUUUUGCAAAUUUGUCCGUCCACUCCAACGCCCACCGAAUCCGAUUCAUCCCAAAUGUCUCCUGCGGAGCAUUAUUCCCCUCACAAUUUAUUUCCUCAUCCCAAACGUACCAUCACAGCCAAUAAUAAUAAUUUGUCAGAUAGAUAUGAUUCUGAUGAGUGGUCCCUUAGCAAUAAAUCUUUAAAUCACUCACAAUCCCUUGUGACUUUGAGUAACCAUACUAACAGCUCGUCAUUGCUUGCACCAUCUACUCCAUUGUCCAUAAAACAUAAUAGAUCAUCAACUGAGGUAGUGUCAUCAUCAACGGUUGCGGGUGCAGGUGCAGGUGCUGAUGCAGGUGCAAGUACAAGUGCAAGUGCAAGUGCAGGUGCUGGUGCGGUGAUCGGUGGAGGUAGCUCUGCACCAUCAGCUGGUAUUGCUGUAGUUGACAAGCGUGCGAGUCCUAUAUGCAGGACAAUGACCAAUUCUGGAGGUCACAUUCGAAAUGACUCGACUAGUUCAAAGAUGUCUCCAAGUCCAUCAAAGACCGUUGGUAUAAGUAACGCCACUACUACAGCUCAUGGGAGUGUUACAUCCGGAAAAGACAUUGAGAUAUGCAGAAGAUCAUCAGACUCCGAUUUGAGUGUAACUCCUAAAGGAAACUCAAUAUGUGUACCAAGUGAGAGACUUAUAGCAGCAACAGCAUCAAUGCGUCUUAGCGCAGGAGUUAAUUUAAAAUCCAAUCCCGAAAAUAUGGAUAUGCUUGAAUACCCGUUCUUGACAUUGACAAAGUAUCCAACAGGAUUUAUACUUCACUUGGGUGCUACAGUUGCAGCACGUUCUGUAAAACUUCUCGAAAGAGUUCCUAAUCCGGAUGAACCCGAAACCCGAGAUUCAUGGUGGACAGAGUUAAGGAUGGAAAUACGAUCACAUGCACGAGCUUUGGGCUGUAAUGUUGUCCUUGGAUAUUCAGAAGCAACAACAAUAUCUGAUGAUGUUUGUGUUCUAUCGGCAACAGGAACAGCAGCUGUAAUAAACAUGUUGUACAAUCGGACUGCUUCUCAGGUGGAACUUACUGGCGUUAAGCCUCCGCCAAUGUCAACAUCACUCGAAGAACGUGAUAUACUUAAGGAAGUUAAACACUUAGUGGAUCCAUCGUCUGCCUCAAAAGAUAUAAUAUCGACUUCCUACGGUGUUACUCCUAAAAAUUCACUUCUCAGUCAACUUACUAGUCCCAAGCUUGCCUGCACCAUGUGCCACGUGCCAUAUAGUCUUUCAUCCGUGCCAUUCAAUGUGAAGAUGAAGAGAUGUGCUGUUUGUCGAAAGGGUAGAGUACCAGAUGUAUUAAUGGCGACAGUUGAAAUUCCCGAUUCGUUGCUAGUUACGGGUCGAGGAUGUUUUAUGCAAGCUCAAGUAGUUCGUCCAAAAAAAGACUUGCGAUCUGAAUCAAAUGCCAAGGAAAUAUCAGAUGGUUUGCCAUUUUUAGAAUAUGAACUUCAUCGGGUGCUAAUUAAUAAAUUAAAAGCCAAAGGCAUGAAUGCCAUAUUUGGCCUAAAAGCUCAAGUAUCAAUCGGUGAAAGAAUGAUAGCGCUCAUUGCUACAGGAACAGCUAUUUUCCUCAAAGCCUUGCCACCGCCAUCGGUACCAAAAAUUGUCGCCGGUAAUUCUUGGACAGAUAAAGCCAAACUUAAUGAAUUGCAAAAGAACCUUCAAGAAACUUACGAACGCAAUCGUGAAAUCUAUCAGCUCAAAUCAAUGGAUCCGGAUUAUGAACCUAGCGGUAGAUGUCAAUCGGACACAGAUGAAUCGGACGACGAAGUUCUUGAUAUGGACCUUAAUAUCGGCAAUAAAGACGCAUGUGUUCUUGAGGUGGACGACAUUGAAGAUCUGGAAAUUAUCUCUUUGCUAAUGGAACCUUCACCACCAAGUGGUUUUCAUGUGGUUAAUACUCAGACUGUGCCAGGCUUACAUGAUAUGGAAAUAGUAAGAAAUUUGCAAUUUUUCACACAAGUUUGGCGAGCGAAAUUGGGUCACAAUCAAGGUGUCAAUGGUCUUGCCAAUCAUUUCCAAAGACUCUGCCAAACAAUAUUUUUCAAGUUACGCAGUAUGAUGCCGUGUGCAAUAUGUGAUUUAAGAUUUCUUUUAGAUCUUCCGGAGAGCGAUGAAAUUCAACUUUUAGUCACUGGUAUGGCUUUGGGAUUGGGAGAAGUAAAUAAAUUUAAAAAUCGUCGCAAGACUAUUAACAACGAUGGAGCUGUUAAUAUGAAUGGAACAGUCAAGAAAUCGCAUGAUGAGGAAUUAAUUUUUCCAUUAGAUGAAGAUCAAGAAAUAACUGCUUCUGUUUCAACGCCGCCAGUUCCAUCUUCUCUAUAUGGAAAUCAUUCUUUAAAAUAUAGAAAAGGUUCACCAUCCGCAAUAAAGAUGUGUGCUUCGAGAAGUAUGAAACAUUAUCCAAUAAGAGAACGAUUUGGCAUCGACAUCACUCCACUAACUUACGUCCCUGGUGGUAAAAUUGAAAAAUAUUUGGGCAAUUUAAACUUUUUCUUUAUCCGAGAGAGUACUUCUGUAAGGGAAAUCGGUGGAAUAAGUGGAUUCGUUCACAGUUUUAUCACAGAGCUCUUAGCUGUUGUUCGAGCACACAUCACAACGCUAGGUGGUAAUGCAAUGGUAGCAUUUUACAUGACGGAACUAAUUUUGGUCGACAAUCAACAUAAGAAUCAGGCACAAUGUCUUGUGAGCAUCGGUGGUGAUGUUGUUUAUGUGUCCUACCACACCGAUGACUGAUAUUCAAAACUAAGAGGGAUCUAGCGUUUAUUUUUCAUGACAAGACCCAAAAGUGUUAUAAAUUAAAAACUUAUAAACAACACUUUCCUAUCAUUGCUCUCUUGUCUUAGAACCCUCCAAUGUUUCAAUCCCAUAAAUGCAAUAUUCGUACUUAAUAUAAUAACAACAAUAGUAGUCAAAUUCAACAAAACCCUCAGAUUAUAAAUGCAAUUAUUUUAUUUAAACUAGUUAAUGCCACGGUUGUUGUUUACUUAAUAUAUUAUAAAACAAAAAUAUAAACGCUGUGUUAAGAAAUUGUGUGAUGUUAUGUUGCUGGAUUGUAAUAAAUCACUAAGCCAACAACCUAAAGAAUUUAUCUUAAAAUAACGAAUGGGUUUAAUAUUUUUGUUUGAUUGUUUGUAUUGAAAAAAUAAUAAUCGGAAAACAUAUUUUAUUGUGUUCUAAAAAAAAUGUAAAUUAAAUUAAUAAUAAAACGGUUUAAGCGUUAAAUCCGAUGUAGUAUAUAAAUUAUAUUUACAAAAUUUGUAUCAUUAAUGCAUUUUGGAUAUUUUCAUCGAUAGAAAAAUCGUAUUUAAAAACUAAAAAAAAAACAUACCUAAUUGACUAUUUAAAUGUGUGUAUUAAGGUUUAUGUCCCGAAUGCAGUGUAUAUGAAAAACAUAUUAAAUGAAAUUGCCAUGAAUUUAUGAAAUUCCAUUAAGAACUUAUUGUGGAAAUAUUAAUACAAACAUUUUGUUAACAUUUUACUUUGUUGAAAGUAAGAUGUCGUCGUUUUAAGAAAGUAUUGAGAAAGUUAAUUUAUUUAGUUAUUUUUAAACAAAAAUAAAACAAAAUUGUCAAAGGCUAA